UAUAAAUGUAUUUUGAAUAAGAAUGUCGAAAAUUUUUAAGACCUCGAAGAUUAGAAUAUUAAAUGUUUGAUUUGGGUAAGAAUUAACAAUAAUUGAAGGUCCUGUUGAAUUGUAACUAAAAAAUGGUUUACUUUCUAAACAUGAAAUUACAAUAAUGAAUCGUUAGGGUCAUCAAUUAGUAUGCUCAUUUUUUUAGAUGAAUCCAAUAAAUGAUUGUUGUAUAAUCUAUUGUCAUGGUUUUAAUGGUUGUCGAGUAGAAGGAGUAAAAUAUGCUCAUAUUGCUGCUCAAUAUAAUCUAAAUUUUUGUAUUUUUGAUUUUUAAGGAUGUGGACAUAGUUAAGGAGAUUUUAUUACAUUUGGGUAACAUAACUUAUUUAAAUAGUUAUUUAGAAUAGAAUGAUAUCACAUGCAUUAUUUUAGAAAUUAAGAAGAGAUUCUAAUAAAAUUAAUUCAUAUUAUGGGGUAGAUCAUUAGGAGCGACUACCAUAUAAUUAAAGAAAUAACCUUAUGUAAGUGGUUACGUAUUAGAUUCAUGUUUUACUGAUCUUAAUAAAGCUUGUGUAAAAAUGAUUUAAAAGUCAACUUCCUUUCCAAAAUUGAUAAUUAAAAGUGUUCUUUAUUUAUUAAAAGGUAUAUUUAAAUUUAUAAAUCUAUUUAGGCAGAAUUGAAUCAUAAGGCAAUUUUAAAUUUGAUGAUAUCAAAAUUUAAAGAGCUGACUCUAGUGUUCCAACUCUUUAUAUUUGCAGUGAUUAAGAUACAUUAAUCAAAUCUAAAAAUACGAUUGGAUUAUAUUAAUAACAUAAUGGACUAAGAGACCUCAUUAAGAUUUAAGGAGAACAUAAUGAUUCUAGAAGUUUAUAAUUGAUUGAUUAAAUUUGUAAUUGGUGCAAAGAUAGAUUCUAAAUUAAUAGAUAAAAAUCCUGUCAUGAAUCAUCACCUUUAGAAAUUAGAAAAAAAUAUUAAUAUUUAGCAGGAAGAAAUAGUCUAAUACGUACACCAUCAGAUAUUAUCUGUAAGUAUGAUUAAAACAGAUAAAAUGUUAAUCAUUUAUACACUUAAUCUACUUCAGUGCUUAAAUACAAUAAUCAACAUAUUAUUCAACCAAAUAAACUAUACUUUUAAGAAUCUCCUUAAAAAAGGAUCAUUUAAUAACCAAAAAUCUUAAAACAAUAAAUAAAUUAAGAUUUUGGGAACAACAACUAAUUUAUUCGUAAACCAAUAUUUGAUUGA